CCCACAACAACAAUCCAAAAACUCGCAGUUUCUUUUAAAAUUUACAACACAUCACAACUCUCACAACAAAAUCUUUACAACACCUCUUCACAUCGAAUUUUAUACUGAUUAAGAUCACUCACAAAUUAUCCUCCUUUCAUUGAUCUUCUCUUCUGUCUCAAGAUAUCGAAAAGAUGAGUAAUAACGAUCAGAACGAGCGCGCAUAUCUGCGGUGCGUCGCCGAUUCCCGCUUUCUUCAAGUUUCUCGUGGAUUUCCAACAAGGAGAAUCAGAUGGAAUUCCUCCUAUUUGAAACGCCUUUCGUGCGAAUGUCAUACCACCAGCACCAACACUUGAUCAAAGCCAGUGCGCGAGAAGUUUAUCAAUCCAAGGACCGCGUCGAUCUUAGCAUUGGCAUUUUCUCACACGAAAGUCAACGAAAUUUCGUUUUAUCUUCAAGUGGUCAGUUAUUCCUCUCCAUCAAAUACCUGCCACCGUAGAUUAACAAUAUUGCAGUUCUGAUGGUCUUGUGGUCAAGCAUAAGUUUUUCGCUGAUAACUUUGAACCACUCCAGCCAAUACUGAAAGUGAGAAUUCCAUCGGUACUUGUCUCGGAACUUCACACUCAACACAAUACUCCCACCAUCGAUUUAGGUACAUCCAUCAGGCCGAUCGACCCAGAGACCUCUCAUCAAUGCAUCAAAGCAGAUUGCCUUGCUGUUGGCACAAAGCAAUUGCUGAAAGGUCGACGUCAAUAGAUCCAUCAUUAUGAGAGUCGGGCAGAAUCCCGAAUUUUCAAAUCUCUCAAUCACUUCUUGCAUUCAACUUCCCUCAAUUUCGACAAAAGUGACAUCAAGUCUCAUUCUAUGGAAGUUUGGCCCAAAGUCUUACUUAUGCACGAUAAUUGUGUGAUGUCUCGCAUCGAUAUGCUGAGCUGGCCUCUGAGAUCAUGACCAAGAUCACUGCACACGAUCAAAUUCCCGCCAUCAAUUACCUCAAGAAUGCUCCGACGAACGUCCAUCGAAAGACUAUAGCUAUUUUCCGAGGUUUCAUGGUGUCGGAAAGACAGAAUUCCUUUCCUAUGUCAUCGUCACCAUCUUGGCUCAGCAACCUAGAUUUUCAAUCGCUUGCAUCAGCAGCGCUGCAAAUCAAGUCGUAGAGUCAAAUAUUUGUUCACUACUUCAACAUCCCUUGACAUGGUCACCUCUAUCAUCGACAAAUUGAUCCUGCUCAGUACGGAGUAAAGGACAAGCGAUUCCAACUUCAGAUCAGUGCAGCUGGCCACCCUAGAGUCAAAGAUUUGUUCACACCUGUUUAUUGAUGAAGGUGGUCUACUUACCAUCGUCGGUCUAAUCAUGUUGCUUGCCACAUUUGACGUCGAGCAACUGGUCAUUUUAGGGUAUAUACGACAACUCACUCCACAAGCACCUCUAUUAACACAUGGACAGGGACUCGCACGUGAGACUGCCCAAAACGCCAUUACUUACUUCACAGCAUACCAUUGGCCAAGUGUUAUUCUAGACAUGCAACGCAGAGGUGUUAAGGGCCUUGUCCUCGAGAAAGUGUUCCCAAAGAACACUAUCUCAAAGCCAUAUUUAUUCAUUGAAGCCAUUGAUACUAAAGAAAUCAUAGAUGAACCUCACCUCAACAACUAUCAAUAUGAAUCUCAUCGAAUACUUCAUCCUCAAAUGCAAUAUUCCCCCACAAUCAAUUAUCAUUAUUUCCCAUUACACAAUACAAAUUAAAAUGUAUAAAUAUACAAUAGGAAAAUUGAGAACUGAAUAUCCCGAUCACGACUUUACAAAAGUUCAUAUCCACACUACUGAUUCUAUACAAGAAGGAUCAGCUGAUAUUGUUUUCGAAGAUCCUAUCCGUACCCAAUCACCCGGUUUCACCAAUGAUCCCGGUCGCAAUUCCGUAAUGCUAACACAUACGACAUCCUUUCAAAUUAUCACUACGAAUAGCAGAGAUAUUCAAUGUCCAGGCCGUGAUCAACCUAUCAUCAGACAAGCAUUUGACGCUGCCAAACGUUCGAAGGCAUGUAUUAGGAUUGCGAGAGACAUGGAGGAACAUGAGAAGCUUCUCUGUCAUCGAUACGUCGAAACUCAAGGAGCAAGGAUAGACGGGGUAAUCACACUUAGAUAGUCUAGCCACCUUGUCUUUCUUUAGAUAGAAAAAAGUCAUAACCAUGAAAUUGAAUGCUUUUAAUACAUUACA